CUUGAAUACGGUGCCGUGCACGAGGGCGGGUUUACGCAAGAAUCGUGGAAUCCUGACCAACCGCGGAGACGCAUUAUGUGGGCGAGGGAUGAAAAAAACACAUCUGAUCUUUUUAUGCAUUUUUUCACUCAGAGUGCGAGAGAUGGGCGUGACAACGGGCUGUCUGGACCACGAUUAGUCUCCUAGAGGAGUAGCUUACCAUCGCACAUCCGUGCAGCCGAUGACAACGGAGAGGCGAUGCGACCCGCUGGGUGUAGUGACCGUGCCAUAAAACUUAUCUUCGUGGGUUAUGGUUCUACCGCACAACGCCCAGGGUUGAGGCCGCACGGGGAUUGACAGUCCAAGGAAAUCUACGUCAAAGGGUCCUCCAUCGCAAACAUCAGCGGCGUUGCGUCCCCGGUGAGUGCAGUGGGGAUGGUUUUGGAGGGGAGCUCCGAGGCCCUGUGUCCCCCUCCGUCUCUGGAGCUGCGGCCGUCCUGCAACAAGAGCCAGGCCUCGCCCCCGCUGGGCUCCGGCUCCCAGCCCCACGACAGCCUCUUCCCCGGGGACAAGGAGCCCGUCAAGUACGGGGAGCUCAUCGUCCUGGGGCACAAUGGGUCACUGGCCAAUGGGGACAAGGGUCGCCGCAGGAGUCGGCUGGCCCUCUACAAGCGCCCCAAAGCCAACGGGGUCAAACCGGACGUCAUCCACAACGUCUCCACCCCCUUGGUGUCAAAGGCCCUUAGCAACAAAAGCCAGCACAGUAUCUCCUACACGUUGUCCAGGAGUCAGUCGGUGAUUGUGGAGUACACACAUGACUCCAACACAGACAUGUUCCAGAUCGGACGUUCCACAGAGAGCAUGAUCGACUUUGUGGUGACAGACACAGUCGGGAGUGGAGGAGGAGGAGGUGGAGGAGGAGGAGGAGGUGGUGGAGGAGGUGGGGGUCAGGGAGCAGCGGUCGAGGGUGGAGGCGGCGGCGGCGGAGGAGGCAACGGCCAGUCGGCCCAGAGCACCAUCUCGCGCUACGCCUGCCGCAUCAUGUGUGAGCGCAGCGCCCCCUACACGGCGCGCAUCUACGCCGCCGGCUUCGACUCCUCCAAGAACAUCUUCCUCGGGGAGAGAGCUGCCAAAUGGCGAACGUCUGACGGCCUGAUGGACGGCCUGACGACCAACGGAGUCCUGGUGAUGCACCCGGCUGGCGAGUUCGUGUCCGAGCCAGCGCCCGGCGUGUGGCGGGAGAUCUCCGUGUGCGGGAACGUCUUCGCCCUCCGAGAGACACGCUCCGCUCAGCAGCGGGGAAAGCUGGUGGAGAACGAGUCCAACACGCUGCAGGACGGCUCGCUGAUCGACCUGUGCGGCGCCACGCUGCUGUGGCGGACCCCGGCGGGCCUGCGCCACACGCCCACGCUCAAGCAGCUGGAGUCGCUGCGGCAGGAGCUGAACGCGGCGCGGCCCCAGUGCCCCGUGGGCUUCAACACGCUGGCCUUCCCCAGCCUGGCCCUGGCCCAGCGCGCCACCGUGGACAAGAAGCAGCCCUGGGUCUACAUGAACUGCGGCCACGUGCACGGCUACCACAACUGGGGCUUCCGCAAGGAGAAGGGCGCCUCGGUCGGGGGAGCGGGCACGGCGCCGGUGGGGACGGGCGAGCGCGAGUGCCCCAUGUGCCGGCGCGUGGGCCCGUACGUGCCGCUGUGGAUGGGCUGCGAGGGCGGGCUGUACCUGGACGCCGGGCCGCCCACGCACGCCUUCUGCCCGUGCGGCCACGUGUGCUCGGAGAAGACGGCGGCGGGCUGGAGCCAGAUCCCGCUGCCCCACGGCACGCACGCCUUCCACGCCGCAUGCCCCUUCUGCGGCACCUGGCUGACCGGCGAGCACGGCCACGUCCGGCUCAUCUUUCAGGGGCCUGUCGACUGAAGGGCAACCCACCGACCAACCGUCCCACCCACGUCCCCCUCCCAAUACCCCCCUCCACCCCCACCCAAUCCGCCCCCACACACACCACCACCCUCCACCCGUCCCCACCCGCCCUCUGAACCCACCGCGCUUUCUCACCGCCCCCCCUGCAGCCCCCUCAGUGCCAUACUGGACGUGCCCAGGGCAGGGGCCGCGGUGCCAGGGGCAUCUCAGAACAUGCAGUGACGGACGACAAGGACUCGGAGAUGGACAGGCUCGGAGCGAUGGACAAUGGAGACCGUCUCAUGGGCAUGGACACGGUAGUCAGAAGCGAUGGAGGAACAGGGCGAGCAGAGCGGUGUUUUGAGAGGGGAAAUCUGUAAAUAAAGUGGUCAAAUGGUAAA